UCGAGCACACACAUUUUUCAUAAUUGCGUUGCCUGCAGGGUUGCCACCUGCCCUAAUUUGAUCUGAUUAAGGUAAAAUGCAAAACCUGUCCUCAUUUCUAUGCGAGUGGAGUGGUGCCAAGCUUCACCACAGGAAGGAAGAAGAGGUGACUGCACAGACAACCAAGGAGGGAGGCGGCGAAGCGUCACCAGCCUCUAGGACUCUGGGAAGCUGGCUGCCCCAACUCCUUGAUCAAAGAGCUCCAUCACUUCAGGAUUCUUGGAGAAGAGCAGUACAACCGGUACCAGCAAUAUGGUGCUGAGGAGUGCGUGCUGCGGAUGGGGGGCGUGCUGUGCCCCAGCCCUGGCUGCGGGGCGGGGCUGCUUCCGGAGCCCGAACAAAGGAAAGUCACCUGUGAAGGGGGCGACGGCCUGGGCUGUGGGUUCGUCUUUUGCCGGAACUGUAAGGACGCGUACCAUGAAGGCGAAUGCAGCGCCCUGGCCUCAGGAGCCGUUCCUCAGGCCUACAGAGUGGACGAGAAGGCAGCAGAGCGGGCUCGCUGGGAAGAAUCUACCAAAGAAACAAUCAAGAAAACCACCAAGCCUUGUCCUCGUUGCCACGUGCCCGUUGAGAAAAAUGGAGGAUGCAUGCACAUGAAGUGCCCGCAGCCCCAGUGCCAGCUCGAGUGGUGCUGGCACUGCGGCUAUGAGUGGAGCCGCGCCUGCAUGGGGGACCACUGGUUCGACGUGUAGCCGGAGGGGCUGCGACGCUGCGUUCUCCCCCCUCGUGCCUGGAAACGUACAGCGUCCUACCGCCGUCUGCUCUUUUUCCUUUCUGCAAACACACACACACACACACACACACACACACACACACACACACAAACACACCCCACCACCCCUCCCCCACCCCCCCUAGCUCUUGCCAAAAUCACAGAAGAAGCUCCUGGGAUCCCUGGUGGGAUUCAUGCCACCCGUGGGAAACAACAGAGCUGAGAGUGAGAACAGAAAAAGGAGUCUCAGGCCUCAGCGAUCGGCAGACAGCAGAGUGCAGAGGCAACGCACCUGGGUCCUCUGAGGGGGUGUCAUUCGGGAGUGAAUUCAAGGCAGGCCGGGGAAGUAACACAGAGAGAUUUCCCAGGUUUAAUUUCCUGCAUUGUACCUUCGGCAAUGAUUGGGAAGAAGCCAUUGGUGCCGUGGGCAGUAGUUUCGAGGGACUAGUCAGUGGUUUUCUGUGAGACUGACUCAGAUCUCCAUUCACGGCUUUCAGGGCAGUGCUGUUAUUUACGAUUUCAGAGAGCAUCGAUUCCCAAAGAACCACCAGCAAUAGUCAAAACUAAGUGUUUAGCCCAAGAAUCCUGCCUUUAUAUACUGCAUUGAUGAAAUAGCAACUGUGCAUAAAUCAGCUUGUCAACUAAGUGAGAAAUUAUGAAAGUUAAUUCGAAUGUUGAAUGUUUAAAGUGCACAGGAGGAAUCAAAACAUAAUGCACUUUCAUUCUGCUUCGUUAUUUGCAACUUUAGAAAUACAUGUGGCUUCACUGUACACUUACUGCAUAAGGCACCUUGAAGGGAACAUUUUCAGAACUGAUUUCAUAAUGAUUCUCAAUGAUUCUCAGGAGUACAGGGUAUUAAAACAGAAUCUUCCAAGAAGGAGCGUUUCUAGGAGGAUGCAAACGAAGCUGUGCCUGACUCUGUCAGAGGGGUUUGUAUUCUUCCUGCACACCCACACUGUUCCCCUAAUCUGCAAACCUAGGGGGUCACUCCAAAGAGUUUUCUUUUCCCUGGGACGGCACAAUCACACCAGAAUAUUUCCUCAUGUUAACAUGGAUUGAAUAGGAUUGUUGAUCAUGUUUUCAUCUUUCUUUUUUUUUUGAGGCAUUUACAAUACAGUCAAAAGGUGUGUGUGCACUAAAUGCAGCAAACCUCAUUUUCUGCUGCACAGAAUGCAGCUGAAGAAGUAUAACCACUGUCUUUGGUUCUCUCUGUCUGCCUUCUCAGGAAAAUAGUGGCCAUAACUAGGGCAUAAUGAGUUCACUAGCACAUGGGUCCCUUUUGGAUUUAGGGAUCCUGGGAAUUAUGAAACCAGUAGCAGGCGCCUCGUUGUAGACGUGCCGCCAGAAAGCCUUGCUGAGGAGAAGGAGAGGAUGACCUCAGAAAAUUUCCCAAGGUCGCCUGCCCCUCCUUCCCUGACUCCCCAUCCAGGGACAGUCCUUCCUGCUCUCGCUCUCCCCACAGAGGUGCUGCACCUGGGACACGACGCAGAGUGGCAGCCACAUCAGCCUCAUGUGGCUUCGGUCUAUCCAGCGUCACCCCCAGGCUGCCAGCCUCCUGUCAGGAAGCCUACCGAUUGUGCAGAGAAAACAGAAAGCCAAUGUCUGUGCGUGUGAGAAAAAGGAAAGUCACAGUGUGAGCCUACACGUCCCAAUGGCCGGCGUCAGCGCUCAGCCUGGAACCACUCAGGGCCUGACUUACGUUCCUGACAAUCCCAGUAAGCGGCAGCUCCUUGCACUGACCUGACAUGACAAACCAGAUGGCUCUCUCCAUCACGUGGAGCUCCCAGCAUUUCAUACCCUCCAUGUUUCAGGGUUUAAUGAAGGGGGCCAUUACCUCCCUCAGAUCUGCGUCUGUGCAGUGGCCGAAAAUUUGGCUCCCAUGCAUUCAGGCCCCAUCGCAGUCCCCAGGUCUCUGCUCCUUUCCUGGUGGUCGUCUUUUUUUUUUUUCCAGAAUAGAACACUGAUUCUUAAAACAGCCACUAUAAAUGAAUGUGAAUCACUAACCACUAGCAAUUAACCUGCUUCAGCAUGAAUGGUGUUAUCAACAUGUGAACACGUCCAAAGGAUAAAAAUAGUCUUUGCAGAAGAAUCUUUAUUUUUUCCCUGAAAUGUGUAAAGAAAUGCUUGGCAGCUAGGCCUAAGAUUGUACUCAAAUUGUCAAUAAAAGCAUCAA